AUGGACAUUGAAAGCAAGUUCUCAGAAACAGAUGAAAAGAACAAAGAAAACAAGGCCUCAGAAUCAGUUGCAAUGGACAUCAUUGGAAGCCCUAAAAUUGAAGAAUAUAAAUUAAUAGACAAAGUUCCCUCACCUACUCAAAUACUCCAAAAUCAGUUUUACAUUACGUUAUAUGACAAUCAAACCAGGAAUGCUGCAUGGGUGUAUGAGAUAUUGAACAAGAGUACUCUAGCUGAUAACGUUGUAUAUAAGAUAAAAGACUUUAAACAGGAUGAAUCAGUUCAUAAAUACUUCCGGACACCUGAAGGAGAGGACACAUAUAAGGAUACGGGAUACGACCGAGGUCAUCUCGCUGCGGCGGCCAAUCACAGAUGGUGUCAGAAGGCCUACAAGGACACUUAUUGGCUGAGCAACGCUGUGCCACAGCAGCGGGGCUUUAACCGUGGCAUCUGGCGAACGUUGGAGAACCUUUGUCGAGCAUUAGCUGAGAAAAGAGAAGUCCGUAACGUCCAUGUAUACACUGGACCACUUUACCUAUCAAAAUAUAAAAAAGAUGGCAAAUGUUUUGUGGAAUAUGAGAUUUUGGGAGGGAAAGCAGUGCCAACUCACUUGUUUAAGGUGAUAAUUGUGGAGAAUGAUGAUGGGAAAGUACUAGCACCAGAAUGCUAUAAGAUGCCCAAUGAGAAACCGACCGAUCAGGAGAAAUUGGACAAUAAGGGACAAUCGAGCAUAGAGACAUGUCGAAGUAAACUGAACCAAUACAAAGUGGGAAUUGAAGUGAUCGAGAAAGAAUCUGGGCUGAUCUUCGAAGAAAGGGAAGUCAAAGAGGAAAGCAAAGAUAAUCAGAGAAACUCUAGACUCAAAGAGGAAAUAACGGACGAAACAUGGAAAAUGCCAUGGACAGCCGAAAACCGU